AUGUCGACAUCAGCUAGUUCUAAUAAUGUGACGAAUAACAAACUAGUGUUUGAUGGUGUUAUUCCCAUUGAUGAUCUCGAUAUAUCGUAUUCGUUAUCAAGCGGUCCAGGAGGCCAGAACCUUAAUAAAAGGCAUUCCAAGGUUCAAAUAAAAUUUCAUAUCGCUUCCGCGAAAUGGAUACCAGAGGAGUUGAAACCCUACUUAUUUGAAAAGGAAUCGCAUCGCAUUACGAAAGAUGGUUUUUUCAUUAUUCAGUCUGACAAAACCCGAGUACAGCUUCUUAACCAAGCCGACUGCCUUGAACGCAUCCGUCGAAUGAUUCGCGAUCGACUUUCUGAAAUAAACAAACCAGAAACUCCAUUAGAAACACUUAAAAAAUUUCAUCAAUGUCGGAUUCGUGAAAAUGAAAAACGUUUGGUUCUAAAGCGCACGACCUCCAUGACAAAGGCCUAUCGGCAGAAACCUUCUCAAUGGGACCUGUAA